UUCAUGCAUGGGAAGGGUACGUAUGUUUGGUCUGAUGGCCUUAAAUACGAGGGGGAUUUUUUUUGUAAUCAAAUGACAGGCAUUGGAAAAUUCACCUGGCUGAAUGGAAGUUAUUAUGCAGGCGAUGUUAGGAACAGUGUCAGGCAUGGUCGUGGAGUUUUUUACCAUGCUCCACGCAUGCUGAAAUAUGACGGUGAUUGGGUUAGAGGUCUCCAACAUGGGAAGGGAUACAUGACCUUUGACAUUGAUGAAAAGUCAUACUACAAAGGCGAUUGGGUGGCCAAUAAGAAACAAGGCUACGGCGUUCGGAAGUAUAUUUCGGGGAAUUUUUACGAGGGGGAAUGGUUUGAGAACAUGCGUCAUGGAAAUGGAACAAUGCAUUGGGUGAUGGAGAAGCAGAAAUACAUUGGACAAUGGCGAUGUGGCGUCCAAGAAGGCGAAGGCGAGCAUACAUGGUACAUUAAAAGAUCACCAACGACCCAUUAUUACCUGAGAAAUUCAUAUAAAGGCUCAUUUAAGAACGGUUUGAGAGACGGUUGUGGGUGCUUCCGGUACGCCUGUGGUGCCUUCUACAGUGGCCUCUGGAGGGAUAAUAAGAAAAAUGGAAAUGUUAGGCUACUACUACGACAACGAUGA